AUGCAGCUUAUCCAGUACCUCCCGUUCGUCGCCGCAGCGCUGGGUUUGGGCGUCGUCAGCCAGACUGGCGAAGCUGGCGUCACUUCGCGCAUCUUUUACACGACCAAUGGCUGCGGCGGAACUCCGGAUUUCAUGGAGAUGCAGCAAACCGCGACGUGCUUUGACGCUUCCUGUGGAACUUCGGUGGCUUACAACGUACCGGUUUUGAGCAGCAUCAGCUGUAGCACGGACCAGUACACGCACGCUGCGUUCCUCUUUGGAAGCGUACCGUACGUGCUAGCGGACCAGUAUGCUGACGAAAACUGUCAGGUGUACACAGGCUUCUCCUCUGCUAUGCGAGCGAAUGAAGACUGCGUUCCAACAAGUGCCGCCACUUCGAGAACGAUGCUGCUGAACGCCAAUGGGACGGUGACAUCGACGGUGUAUUUGAAGAGCAACAACUGCGACAAGCGAAGCGUUUACGUGGAGACCCUUUAUGACCCCAGCAACUUCAAGAACUCGAUCUGCGAGAAGGGAAAACUCGGCAACUUCGUCUACUACAACACCGCGUAUCCCUCUCCUCACCUCGUGUAG